AUGGCGUCCAUGAACCUGUACUCCUUGGCGCUGCUGGUGGUUGCCCUGGUGUCGGCGCCGAUGGCCGCCGUGGCCGGUGACCCGGACAUCCUCACCGACUUCAUCCCGCCAACGUCGAUGAUCGGCAUGCCCAUGAACAUCACCGGCGACUACUUCACCUACACCGCUUUCGGCCCCGUGCCAUUGCCGCUGCCGACCUUCUCGCUGACCAAGGCCUCCAUGGCGGAGUUCCCCGCGCUCAACGGGCAGAGCGUGUCGUACGCCAGGCUCGUGUUCCCGCCGGGCACCGUGAACCCGACCCACACCCACCCGCGCGCCUCCGAGCUGCUGCUCGUCCUCGACGGUGCCCUCUCCGUCGGCUUCGUCGACACCGCCGGCAAGCUCUACACCAAGGACCUCGUCACCGGCGACAUGUUCAUCUUCCCCAAGGGCCUCGUGCACUACCAGUACAACCAGGGGACAACGAUCGCCGUGGCGCUCUCGGCAUUCGGCAGCGCCAACGCCGGCACCGUGUCCGUUCCUGUCACCGUGUUCGGCACCGGUGUUGAUGACGCCGUGCUCGCCAAGUCGUUCAAGACCGACGUGCCCACCAUCCAGAAGCUCAAGGCGGCGCUCACCCCACCCAAGAAAUAAGCCCGUCCGUGUCUCGUGCCGUAUGUUUGGUGUUGUUCUUGGCACUUUGUCCGCCGUGUUGUGUUUGUGAAUUUGUUUUGCUUGUUGAAAUAACCUACCUACCGAGCUAUGCAGGCAACCAAGUACUGCAUGCACAUGGUACGAGGAAUUUGGUGGUGAAAUGAUGUUGAGAUAUGUGUGUUUGCGAUGUCGUCUUGAUUUGAAUCAAACGGUUUGCGUGUUGAUCUUUGGAACUCAUGAUCUUGACUCUUUGAGUUGUAUAUGUUUGCGAUUUGUAUUGGGUUCUGUGUGGUGAGUUGGUGUACCAUUUUGAAGGCACCGAGGCUGUCUCAUACACAGU